AUGGAGGAAAUCAUCGAUCUGACAUCUUCCACGCCGCCCUGUCCAAAAAUUACACCCCAGCGGCCGUCCCUGACGGAAGCACACAUAAAUCCUCCCAUGUCUGCGCGGUCAAACUCCAACUACUUCUCGUCGGACGAUUUCGAUUACUCCGUUUUCGACUUCGACAACGACUUCAAUAAACCUGCAAAGAGGCGAAGGCUGAGCGAUGAGUCCCUCAAACUACAGGAUCAGAAUACCAAUACAAAUCGGCCUCCGAAUCCACUGUUCCUAUUCUCCGAUGAAGACCCCAUUGUGCCUUCCAGUGCGAAAAGGGGAGCCCCGGGAGUAAAUAACGAUAAUCAAAAUAAAAAUGGUAAACAGUUCACUUUUGACUGGGAGGGAUCAGACCCUAUUAUAUUUACGUCUUCUGUUCCGGAAACUGGCAAUCAGGGUUCUGUUUCGCGAGACACGGGUCUCAGACGGUCGGCUACAAUUACGAUUGACGAUGACGAUGGCGGCGUUGGGAGUCGUGGUCGUUACGGGAACAGACGAGAUGAGAUUGAGGAGUUUAGUGAUCAACUACCACUGUCUGAUUUGGAGGAAUUGAUUGGUUUCCCUGGGAACAAGGUACAUGCGACUUCGCAUGGGCUUUCCAGCAGAACUGCGAGUUUAUUGGCAAGUCUUGAGAACCGUUCUGAGACUUCUACCAGUGUGACUGGCCAUGGCGGAAAAGGAAAAGGGAAAGAUAAAAAGGAAUAUAACGUUUUCGAAGAGGAUUUAUCAGAUGGAUUUGUCGAGCCGGUGAAACCAUCCAGGAAGUCAAGCAAACCUUCCACGGAAGAGAAGGAAGCGAAGGCUAGGGAGCGGGCUGCUGCUAAAGCACAACGUGAGCGUGAGCGCGAGCUUGAGAAGGAACGCAAACAGAAGCUCAAAGAGGAAAAGGCUCGAGAGAAAAAGCUGGCUGCAGAUAUUUCAGAGGCCAACAAACUCAAGAUUGACAAGAAGGAAUCGACGCCUGAGAUGAUCCUGGACAUGGCAUUGUCUCUCGAGGGGUCGAGCGUCGCGAACCAGUCAGUGGAAUUCAUGAAACGCCUGGGGGUGGAAUACACGUUUUUCUCCAGCCCUAUUAGCAACAUUGUCAAAUGGCGUCGCAAGACAACUGCUAUAUUCAACGACAGCCUAGGGCACUGGGAGCCAUGUCCACUGUUUAUCAAACAAGAGGAGCACGUACUUUGCCUGGUUCCCGCUCAAGAAUUCGUCAAUAUGGUUCUUGCGAGCGAGGAUUCAGUAAGUGGUGGGGACUCUCUCCACGCCCAUGUUCUCAAAAUAAAAAGCGCCUACCCAGGCUGCAAGCCUAUCUAUCUCAUCGAGGGUCUCGCAGCGUGGAUGCGAAAGAACAGAAACUCUCGCAACAAGGCCUACCAAGCCGAGGUUCUGCGGCAGAUGAACGAUCAUCUUCCAUCUGCGCAGCCUAGUCGCCGGAGGAAGCCAGAGACUAUACCCCCGGUAGACGAUGACAAGAUUGAAGAUGGUCUCCUUCAACUUCAAGUAACGCACUCUUGCUUAAUCCACCACACUAAUGCCGCCCCUGAGUCUGCAGAGUGGAUUAAAAACUUCACCGAACACGUUUCUACCGUCCCCUAUCGACGGGAGCGGAUGGUAAACAACGACUCCGCCUUCUGCAUGGAUGUAGGCCAAGUCAAAACUGGCGAGGACAAGACGGAUACUUUCGUCAAGAUGCUCCAGGAAAUUACACGCGUCACAGGCUCAAUGGCUUACGGUAUUGUUUCCAAAUACCCAAGCGUGACUGACCUUAUCAGGGCCAUGCGAAUACACGGACCAUUGGCGUUGGAAGAUGUCAAGAAAUCAGCGAACAAGAACGGCGCCUUAACAGAUGCCCGUAUCGGCCCUGCCGUGAGCAAACGGUUAUAUAAAGUCUUUAUGGGACUCGACCCGUCCUCAACAGACGUCUGA